GCCGCGCUUCCCAGCGAGGCCGCCGGCGCGGCGGAGGGCUGUGCUCGCCCGGGUCUCCGGUGUUGCAGACACCCCGCGCCCGCGCGGCCCCAUCCGGUCAACAACGGAAUUGAAGUUUUGAAGGAUGGGUAAAGACUUUCGUUAUUAUUUCCAGCACCCCUGGUCUCGCAUGAUUGUGGCUUACUUGGUGAUCUUCUUUAACUUCUUAAUAUUUGCGGAGGACCCAGUUUCUCAUAGCCAAACAGAAGCCAAUGUUAUUGUUGUUGGAAACUGUUUUUCAUUUGUUACAAAUAAAUACCCUAGAGGAGUUGGCUGGAGGAUUCUGAAGGUGCUUCUAUGGCUACUGGCCAUUCUCAUAGGACUGAUAGCCGGCAAAUUUCUGUUCCAUCAACGUUUGUUUGGUCAGUUGCUCCGGUUAAAAAUGUUUCGAGAGGAUCAUGGGUCAUGGAUGACAAUGUUCUUCAGCACAAUUCUGUUUCUCUUCAUAUUUUCUCACAUAUACAACACGAUUCUUCUAAUGGAUGUGAACAUGGGAGCAUAUAUCAUUACAGACUAUAUGGGCAUCCGAAAUGAAAGUUUCAUGAAAUUAGCUGCAGUAGGGACCUGGAUGGGGGACUUUGUCACAGCCUGGAUGGUCACUGAUAUGAUGCUUCAGGACAAACCCUAUCCUGAUUGGGGGAAAUCCGCAAGAGCUUUCUGGAAGAAAGGAAAUGUUAGGAUCAUUUUAUUCUGGACGGUUCUCUUUACUCUGACUUCUGUGGUUGUACUUGUCAUUACAACUGACUGGAUCAGCUGGGACAAGCUGAAUCGGGGGUUUUUGCCCAGUGAUGAAGUUUCCAGAGCAUUCCUGGCUUCUUUUAUCUUGGUCUUUGACCUCCUUAUUGUAAUGCAGGACUGGGAAUUCCCACAUUUUAUGGGAGAUGUUGAUGUAAAUCUUCCUGGGCUGCACACUCCUCACAUGCAGUUCAAGAUUCCUUUCUUCCAAAAGAUCUUCAAGGAGGAAUAUCGUAUUCACAUAACAGAAGCAGACAGCUGAGUGACCACAUAAAGGAUGGCGUCUGUUCCCAAGCUGCUCAAAUGCACGUAGUGAAUGUGUGUGUGUUUUAAGGACAAUGGCUUAGGAUCCCACACCUGCUAUAUAAUAAAAACUGCUGAAGAAAUCUGUGCUUACACUACCGUCUGUGCUGCUCAGUAAAAAUAGCCCGAGCACAGAAAACCUGAACAUCUGAGGCCCACAAAAAACCUUUGCUUCCCAACUUGAAGGCUGGUUUUUGCUUUGAGCAUGAGGCGACCUUCCUAAAUUGGAGAAUGAGCUCAUGAAUAGGGAAGAUGCAGCAGGUUUCUUUUCCUAUUCAAAAUGAAUGAGGCCCAUCUAUUAAAUUCACUGGGUAAAUCAAUCAAUUUGAGUUCAGGUCACAUAGUGUGGUUUCAGAGUCCCCACUUAAUCUCUGCCGCAUGCUACCCUUUCCGACUUCUCAAACAGCUAUCACACACAUGGCAUCAUCAUAUCCCUCUGGGUGGGCUUUUGCCUGGACCAUCUGUUCUUGCUAUCAGCUCUUGUCCCAGGCCAUCAUGGCACUAAUAUUGUCUCUGAAUGAGUAUCAGAAUCCCUGUCAAAAAUAUACUGCUGCAGUGCAUAAUACCAGGUAAAGAGGGGGGUGGAAUAUUCAGAGGAACCCAUUGGUAAGGAAAAAAAUCAAGCUGUUAAAAUAUUUAAUUUGGGGUAUUUGGCAGGGCUUUGUCAUAUAUGCUAUCAUUUAUGGAGAGGGGCAGGUUCAGGUUUUGUGGUGCCCAAAGCUUACCCAAUUUGGAACACUCUAUUUAAGAAUAUAAAAGCAAAAUUACAACUAAAAAUUAUCUUCAGUGCCUGGGGAAGAGGACACACAUACAGGAGUCCUUGAAGCUUCAGUGUAAUUAACUUUGAGAUAAAGCCUCCUAUGCAAUUGUGCUAAAACCUUUAUUCCACCAAAUACUAUUUUCUAGGAACUUAAAAGGAUGAAAGACGGGCUAAGUUCUUGUAAUGGAGACUGCACAUUAAUAAAGUUUGUGAGAAGGUGGAAAUAUAUUGUAGUUAAGGUUUUGAUGCAGUGUUUGCCAAAUGAUGCUGAUAAGCAUACCAAUUGAGAUAUAUAUUUAUAGAUAUAUACAUUGUUGGGCCCCAUUCCUAAUAGUUCAAACUCAAGAAGUCUGAGCAAAGGCCAGGGAAUGGGACUUUUGAAAAGCGCCCCCAGGUGAUGGUCUUUGGGAACUGCUCCUUGGUGCUGGAAAAGCCACAGGUGAAACCGGGCUGUCCGCCUGCAAUGGGCCGUGCAAAUGAUUGGGUGCCUGGACCUGCCAGGGAGACCUCUGAGGAUUCUGGAGCUUAAAUCCAAAAUAAAAUAGGGUACAGGUGGGCUUUGGGGUGAAGAGUUCCACUGUAAACAGUUUAAACCCAAUUUGUGGUAGGUUGAUCAUGUGCCUCCCCAGAUCCGUGAUAAAAAUAUUCUAGGAAAAUGGUGGCAGGUUUGGAGGCUGAAAAAGGUGUAAACUGUCCCCCUCUUGUUUUGUUCUGUUACUCUUUGUUCUGUUCAUUGCAAAGAUGUGGCUGAGGACACUGAAGCAGCAGCUAGUCUCCUGUGAAGGGCCUUUUUCUUUAUCUGACUUUGUAAGGUAAUUGUUUCUGGGGAAACCUAGAUAAAAUUUCCAAAAAUAUGGUACAUGUCGUAUUUUAAUAUCCUCAGUUGUCAGUAGCCUGCAAAUUUCCAAGUCAACUACAAACACUAACUUGAUCCGCUCCUCCAAGUUCUGCUUCUUUUUGUAGGGAAACUCAAUGCUUUUCUUGAUGAGUAAAUAUAGUAUUAUCAGUGGGUUAUUAAGCAUGAAACUCUCUUAUAUCCAUGAGUGGUUCUCAAAUUUCAGUGUGUAUGAGGAUCACCUGGAGAGUUUAUUAAAAAGAUCCAUCAGCCUCCUGUCCAGAGCCGAUGCCUGAGGUUGGAGGUGGAGCCUGGGAUCCAGCCUUCUCUUAAGCAUCACCAG